CAACAAUACUUCACUGUGUUUAGUGUACAGAUCUCUUUUUAGGGAUAUCUGUAUUUUGGGGAAAGGAACACCAUCAUAGAUCUCACCAUAUAGCUGACCAAUGGGUGAUGGAAGUUUAAAUCUGAUGCCCUGGAAUCCACAAAGUGUGUAGAAUACACCGUCUUGUGUAGUCAUGUACUCACCACGUUCUACAUCCAUUGAAGUAUGACAGCAUGGCAAUGUUCCUCCGUAAGAAAUCAAUAAAAGGUCCAUUGCUGCCUGCAUCCAAAUGUCAUUUUAUGAUCCUUCAAGUUCAGUUAGAACCAUCAUAAUGGCUGAUGUGUAUAGCACAGAAAGAUGACAACAGCUGGCUGAAAUUGCCAGUUCCAGUUUGCUUUCUCACUUUGUGUUUUCUGCAAGUGAGGCCGUACUAGUUCUGUCAGUCCACCUGGAACCAAAGGUUGUUACAGUGAACACUUUUGAAGAAGAACUAUAGAUUUGAUAAAGGUUAGUACCACUGUUUUGUUUGAGGCUCUUUGUACCUCAUCAAUAUUUCAUUUAAGUUGUCUGUGAAAUAAUAUAUUUGGACGCAGAUUCUGAUCCAAAGUCCAUGCACGUUUUCCAUUAUCUUUCAAUGUUUUUUAUACAGCUGUUCUUGGAGACUGUUGCACCCUUAUCUGAAUUCGUUGGCCAGAAUAAUCUGCAGCGUGGAGCAGAUUGUUCUGCAAGACUGGCUGUACUGCAACACCAUCAAACUGAGCGCAUCUAAGUAUUUUUGUUUUGUUUUCAGGAAUGAGUAGUUGUAAAUUUGUUAACAUGACAUUUAUUUAGCUUAAUGUGUUUGUGGUUGUGGUUGAUUCAGCACUAGUUUGGGUAACUUUGUUUUCAUUACUUGAGGCAUUCAAAGUAUAACUUGGAAGCAAGUCAGAAAUUAUUUUAUGAUUAACAACAAUGUGAGGACCUGGUCAGCACUGACAUCUGUCCUUGCUCAGUCAGUGUUGUUCAUUAGAAAAACAAAGCAACAAUGCAAAUGUCAUCGACUCUACCCAUGCAUGUUGAACAAUUCAUUUUUAUAAGCUCAAAAAAACUUUCAAAUAUCACCAUUUUAACAUGCCAUGGUGGACAAACAGGCUCAUCUUAGAGUUGAAGAGAUAUGAACAGGGUUUUAAUUUGCUUCUACCAGGCUGCUGCAAGCAUGAAAAUACAUUAGCAGUUGGUCGUCGCUUAAAUGAACCCACUUCCAAUUUGCACACUAAUGAGUCACGCAAAUGCUUUUAAAGGCCAACUUACAGUGGCCUGAUUUGUAUGAGAGGUGUGAAGGCUAAUGCACAGGCAUGAUCAUUCGCUCAUAAGGACAGAUGUAGGCCAUCAUCGUUGCUUAAAAGGUGUCCUCCAUGUUAAUGCAAAUUUUAGAUAUUUCCACGAGUAUCCCAUGAAAUUUAAAUCGUAAAAAGUCAACAUUUCAACCAAAGCUUUCUUUCUAAAAAAAGACUAUAAGAAGCCUAUGGCACGCAGCCUCCCUCUUCCAAACUGUGAUGAUAUUAUUGUGAGCAAGCCAAAAAAAAAAAGGCUAAUCAUCAUUUAGAUGAAAUGUGUUUUGUAAUGAUGACGAAGUGUUUGUCUGUACUGCCCUAUGGGAGAUCGCAGCAGGAGGCCGUAAAAAGCACACUGCAGAUUAAUGCCUACUGCUGACAGAUCCUCCACGGCCUGCUGAGCAGCUGCUUGUAGCUUCCUUAAAGCCUGAAGCUUAAUGUUUCACCUCUAAGACGGAUUUAAACAAUGCAAGGAGACCUCACCCCCUAAAGGGGAUAUAUAACUCUUAUCAUCUCACUAAUGAUGCUUACACUAGCUACGUGCCAGAGUCUCCGCACUGACAAAUGUCUGUAUUUUGAGGCAGUUUCUCAGAACUGGAGCAUGAUUAUGGAGUGCUUGUUGAUUUAAGUUGGAUGAACGGUUUUUAGGGCAUGUCAUGAGCUCAUUCUGUGGCCAGCCAGGUAACCAUGUUGUAUAAUAUUAUGCUAAUAACACCUUUUUUUUUUUUUUUUUUUUGAUUCAAGGUUUUCUCUGUAUGCUUCGGUUCUCAUAUUAAUGACCCUUUGCAAAUCAUUUCACAAAAAAGGGUUGUUCUCCACUCUCUGUGGGGUCCUGGGACACAAUCACCCAAUCAGCAGCUGAGAGCUUUGCUGUCUUGGAUUUUGACUGGUCUGUUAAGGUGGUCAUGGUAAUGUCCUGAUUUCAGUAGUUUGGAUAGUCCUCAGUAUGAAGCGGCAGCCAGCCUUUCCACUGAGUGGUCUUGUUGAUAUUCUGCAUGCCCGUGGGUAAAUAAGAAUCAAGAUGGGCUUUUCUGGCAGAGGCUUUCCAAUGGAUGUGAAUGGAGAUUGGUCCUCCAAAAAAAUCAGGAAACACAGAAGUCGUGAUGUUUCACCUGUGCCAUCGCAUUUCUCAGAACCAGCCUCGUUCCUGCAACACAGGGAUGUAAUUGCCAGCCUUCCGUGUCUCCCUGGUGUAAAGGGGCCACUCAGGGAUGAAGAUGACGAUGAUGAGGUACGGAGUCAUAAGAGCUUGCCAGCGGUAAUGACUGGACAAACCCUCCAACCCAGAGACAAGAGGUCAUACAGACAUUCUGAGAAUCACAACAUAUCUGGUUUACCCCCUCUCAUAAGCGGCAGGUGCAGUUUGAUUGUGAAAGGCACUGGAUGCAAAACUGUCCCCAAACUCCCACCAAUCACCAAAUCCUGGAAUGCUUGGAAGGAAACAGACCCCCCAAGACCACCUUGUAGGUCCAGAUGCAGGCCGGACAAAAUGGAAUUCAGUUCAGCUAAACCUGUUCAUGCAUUGAUGCAUCCAAAAAUUGUACCUGUCGGGCAGACAUCUCUCUCUUUCAAGGCGCGAGGAAAUGGGCCCUGCUUGCUUCCUGCCAAAGCCUCUGGAGUGUCCCUGAGAUCUCGACUCCCUUUCCAAAGUCCUGUAGUGCAGGCAGUGUACCCUAUCAGUCCUGACACCAUGCAACAGAUGAGGCAGACUGACAGAGCGUGCCAGCCCCUGAGGUCUGUGCUGAAAAAAGCACCAAACGGAGGAGUAUUUGACUGCCCACUAGCGGCCCACCUGCUGGAGCCAUUUUCUGGGUUCCAGGAGCAUCUGUGCCGCCAGAUCCUACAUUCUCCACUGCCUUAUCGUGCAGCUCUGCCACAGGUCCACUUUCCUUGUCUCCAGGACCAGGCUGAUCUGUUGCCUACACACAGGGGCCCAUAUGGUUCCCUGAUGGAACGCACCGUGGAGCUGUGCAACUCCCAAGGACAGAAGCUUCCCAAAAUCACCAUGACUUGCCCGACGCCUUCUCCAAAAUACCUGUGCCGCACAGAAUUUCGGCAUGCGGCUUAAAGGAACAGCCAAGAUGGCUGCAGAGUAAUGGGACUUUAGUGCUGCUCAGUGCAGUUCAAAGUUAAUAUUGCUCUGUGCACAAAAAGAUCACCAAAGUUCACCAAGAUCACCAAUUCAUUUUGUUCAGAGACAAUAAAGCCAAAACAGACAUCUGUGCAGUCUCUUGGCACUUUUCCUGAUUGCUUAGCGAUUAUUAGACUCACGGUCAUAAUGUACUCCUGUGCACAACUCAAGUUAUUGCUGUAUAACCAAUCAUCUUUCAUUUGGUUGCCAUGGAAGCCCUACGGAUCAUUAAACUGUCGGAACUGGACCCUGGGGGCUGCACUGUUCCACAGGUACAGGAAGUGCCUCUGAGGAGCAUUAUAAAGUCAUGCCGUGCAAUUUCCUGGGUGUGAAGAUCCCGGGGGAAGGAAUCAUAAGUCUGUCUUACUGAGGAGGAAUGUAAUACAUUUUUCUUUCCUCCACUUAGUUUCCAUGGCCUUUCUUUUUAAAAUCAAUACAAUUUUCUCAGUUGAGAAGAAUCUACAGUGUGAUAGGGGGCCUGUGUUUAAAGCAAUAUAAUACAUUACAUUAUAAGUUACAUUAUAAAAUAAAUUAUUUUAUAUUGAUUAGUUGUCAGGAGAUUCAUGUUCAUUGCACAUUUGAUCUGAAGUGUUACCAUCGUUCCCAACAUCGUUGCCAUGAGGAAAACUUGUAUACAUAAAAAGCAAUCAGUUUGUUUUGAAAAUAUCUUAAUUGUGAAAUGAUUUUACUCUUUUGAAGGUUAGAAGAAAAUCUAAAUGAGGAUAUGUUGAAUAUGUGUCAUUGCUUCAGUGAGUUUGCAAUCUAAAGACAUUUUCUAAUAAUUGCUCUUGCACCAACCCUUCAAUUAUUUACCAUGUAAAGCUGCCAUCUCAUUUAAAAGUCAAUUCUAACCAGAACGCUUUAUUUCUUAAAACAUAUUUUUUAUUGUUCUACUUUUAUUUAGACUAAUACUGUUGACGAGGAGAGUUUGUAAGUGAUUUAUAAUGAUUAAAGGGAUAUGGGAACUUGUUCACAUUAUUGCUGAACUUAAAACAAGUUUAGUUUUUGUGCAGUUUUUGACCCAGCACUGUGUUGCCGUGCAGAAAUAAAACACAUUUUUAAGUUAAUUUAAAAAGCUCAUUAAUAAUGCUGUUGUAAAUUUGAAUUAGGUUCAGUUGAGAUAUGUUCGCAUUCCCCCAUCCUUGUGGUCAGCCCAGGGUGGGCCAAGAUCCUGAUUGGGUGGACCAGGCCCAAGUGCACAGUCUGGAACGGAGAGGCAAAAAUGAAUUGCAAAGCAUGUCUAUGAUCGCCACUUCUACUUCAGCAAUGAGGUCAGAGCAGAAAUGACACAUUUUUCAUUCUUUAGUCAAACCGCAUGAAAUAGAGUGGUACGGAGCUGUCACAAGGUGAGGAAAGGGACUUUGAUACUGAAAAGGAUAGAAGUGCUUUUUCCAACUUUGCUUUACAGUGAUUAAGACAGGAACAUGCGUAACACCUUAAGCAUGCUCUUUUUCCAGUAGUAAGCAAACAUGUCAGAACCUAGGUCUUCAGCAGCCCAGGCUUAGCUUCAUUGCUGAGUCAGUGUGUGUGUGUGUGUAAGUGAGCGAGCAUGUGGCCUGUUCCUUAAGUCCUGUUUCUCCUGCUGUGCUUGUGUAUGGGAGUAACAGCUCCUUGGUUUCACGCUCCGAUUAUCUGGUCAGAUAUUACCCAUGGCUCCGUCCCCCCCACAGCCUUGUCCCAGUAUUGCCUGACCUUUUUCUUUCCAAAUGACAGGCAUUCUUCUCAUUCCUCAAGGGAAUAAUGGCAAACGGGCCCCACACUGAACAGUCAAAUUACCAUUAAAAAAAAAUUCUGAUUAUUGUAAAUUGAAAAAUAACAAAACUUUCUCAGGAAAUCUCUAAGCAAAAAUCUCUAAGCAAAUAUAGUAAGUCUACUUAAGUGGGAAAGUCUCACUAGGGGAAAAUAUGAAUUAAUACAUAAACUAGUUAAUGACCAUGUACUGGAAUAGAUUUGCCACUAGAGGGCAUAACAAGCCUUUUUCCUGGCAAACCUCAAUGGUUUUAUUGUGCAAUGUUACUUGUUAACCACAUGAUGACAGCAUAAUUCUUGUAAUUAAUUAGCAUUUAAUAAAAAAAACAGUAGCAUCAGAACUACUCCUUUGCAUAAUUACUAAUCAAAUAUAUGAUUGAAAAUCAGGAGUGCUAUUGUGUCUGAGACAAAUUCUUACACUUCAUGUUGAAGGAUUUGUGUCUCACUAUCUUAACUACUGUCUCUUAUUUCAUUUCUUUAGUUUCAAGAGUAAUUGGUAGCACUUACAAAUAAGGUUCAAUUUAUUAAUAUUAGUUGCUUUAGGUAUCAUGAAUAUUUGUACAGUGACCAUUUUAUAUCAUUUCUUAAUCUAGGUUAAUUUAUAAACAUACUACUUUUCUUUGUUACUUCAUAAAACUUUAUUGUUAAAUUAUAUACAACUUGUAUUAGUAUAUGCAGAAAUUAAUAUUAAGUUAAUUGUUUAGAAGUAUUUUACAUUUUAGUUUAUGACACCUAAUGCAUGAACUAACCUUAUUGAAGGAGUAACUUACAUCUACAGUAGUUUUAACAAAGCAGCUUUGCAAUAUCGAAUAGUUCAUUAACUAUUGAUAAUUACUACUUUGGGCUACAGUAAGACCUGUUCAGCUGUAAGAAAAACUGCCUCUGCAUCCUCUGAUGAGCAUUAAACAACCCUGAUAAAUAAGCCCUUAUUUAGGACACAACCCAAGAGAUGAUUAUCCACGCUUGUUGCUUCUGACGCAAACGAAAGCUUGCCUUCAGAUAAGCUACCUGAAAGUUCACUCGAAACAUAAAAGGGAAGAACAAACAAAAAUCCUCAGAUAGCGUAAAAUGGUGAUGUAAAGAUAAUGCUUAUGGAGGGGAAGCACAAAAGAGUAGUAGGAGGAGGAUGUUAAUCCAAACAGACUGGUGGUAAUUUAAUGAUCAUUUAUGAAUGUGUAUUUCUUAUGAAAAACAGUUCUAUUUCAAAAUGUGCUCAAAAAAUCUGCUACAUUGCCACAAACUUUCUACAUUUACCUUUUGUGUGAAUUUUUUUUUUUUUUUUUAAACAAUUUAAUGUUUUCCUCUGUUUACUAUUAAAUAGUAAAUGUCUAUUAAAUAGUAAUUGCUACUGGGAUUCAUAAAGCUAAAAAUCCACUCAGGUCAAGUGCAUCUAAAACCUGUUUACCAUGUUAAAAUCACUGUAAGUGGCUUAUAUUUGAAUUAAAUGGAUGAUGUGAGCGUUUGAUGAAAUAGUAAAAUUCCUGGUUUGUCACUGUGAGAAAGAAACAUAUAUGGGCAACAGCUGCAGUGCAUUUACAGACAGCUCACUUAUGUAGAGGCCAUUCAUCAGCCUAUCAGAUUUCUAGUGAAAUGUUAGGCUUACAGCCACAGUUGCUACUUCAGCAUCAGACUCCCCUCCAAAACUGGAAGGCCACCAGUAUAGUCACUAGGGCACACGCUCCAAUUCACUUACAAUGAGGUGUCAAUCCUGUGCGUAUGUACGCUGUAUGCUCAGUGUCAUAUGAUCUCAACUAAAGCAUGUGUGUAUGUGUUUAUACACUAACUCCUACAGAUUAUUGCCUGUCUAAGAUUAUCAAAGGCCAUAGUGAAGCUUUCACCACUCGUCUGUUUUUGCUCUGCUGUUUGUAAUCUAUAGUUUGAGCUCCUCCUCAGUUCCAUCCGAAAGUGAUAUGCAACCGGCAGGAACAACACCUGUUCACAAAAUACUGCAUCAUGCGAUCUUUAUCUCUCAGAGGGACCAGCACGCUCUUUUUGUGCAUAGUGAGAUUUUGCACUGUGCCGAUGUGUUCAUGUAACUUUCUAUAUUUGACUGCAAGCACAGCAGUGCCACAAAUUACCACUCAGCAGUCGGUAUCAAUUCGUGAAGAUUACGACAGUGUCAAAUCUGUAACUAGAAAACCUCUCAUCAGCAAUAACCAGAGAAAGGGUUACAGAUGUUUCUAAAAGUAGCUGUUCUUCUUUCAGUUAAUUUUAACAUCAGAUAAAGCACAUGGUAUCAUUACAUACAGGUAACAAUGAACAAUGUCCGUCAAUGGCCCUUUCUACUGAACAUGGCCUGACUUGAAUGUGGCAAAUACUUUGCAUCAGUCCAAACCUGUAAAUGACAGUAGGAACGUGCUUUGAAUAUUUUAUGGGACACAUAACAAAUGCAUGCAACCAGAGAACCACUGGCAUCAAUAGACUACUCAUCACUACAGGUAGUAAUGUGGAUGUAUUUGUAGUAAAGCAAACAUGUAUUGUAGUAAAACCAUGUAAAAUCCAACCUCAUCAAAGCUUGGCACGGGAAACCUGAUUCCCAUCAAAAAAAAAGCCGUUACACAAUAACAGAAAGUGUUGUCUAUGCAAAUCUGCUUGUUGCUGACAAGGUUUGUUUGCAUCAUAAAAAUUCAUGGAUCAUAAAUUGAGGUCGUAAAUGUAUAUGGUUGGUUCACCAUUCCUGUUUUGAAAGCAUAGGAUCAUUUUGGUAGCUCAGAGAGUGCGGGUCUAGGUGAAUGGGUUCAUUUGGAUCGCUCUGUGGCCUGUUUUUGGAGCUGCAUCAUUCAGUAAGAUUCAUAAAAGCUUUUGCCAAUACUGCCAGAGCAGAUCCCCCUGUGUCUGUCAGCACAUGCCAGGCGCUUGUCUUUAAACGGCUGCGUCCUCUGUGACUUCCGCAGGGGCCAGAUGCACCGCGGGCCAGAGAGAGCUGACCAAGCCAUUUAUUUAAGGACUCUGUUUAAAAGCAUCUCCAAGCGUACAAGCUAGUUACUUUCCACCAUAUGAAUUUAACUUAGCACUUUGGGGGGUUCACUGGGCAGUGGUGGUCUAAUCAGUUGCAGUGUAAGGUGAGAAAUCACGUGGACUUGGCAAGACAACAGCAGUAAUGUAGAGCAGAUGUCCUUUACAACCUCUCUUAAACAAAGGACUUGAUUUUAUGGACAUUAUUGACAAUAAAAGAUCUAUUUUGACUGUAGUAUGCUGCAUACUAAUAAAGACAUCACCUCAAGUGAGGUCUCUAAUAAUACCCCCAGUAAAUUCUUUAUGGACGAAUCACUCAUCUCAUAAUAUUGAUAGUACAUAGUUAAUAAUCAUUGUGCAUCCACAAUAUUCACUUUCAGUUUAGCUUAAUGGCAUGGGUUCCUUUCUUUCUUGGUAUCCAUGGCAGAUGAAAAUUUUUGAUGACUUCCUUAUUAUAUCUAUUUGAUCCUGACCCCCCAAAAACAGUGUUAGAGCCUUUUAAAGUUGCUGUGUGAUGAUAAAAAAUGUUCUUCUAAUUUAUUGUAAUGUGCAGCUAAUGUGUGUAGGUUGCUAGCCAUAAAAACUGUAAACACCAUGGCCCUUUCAAUAUUUCUGUGUUUGUUCCAGCAGCCUGACGUUGUCUUAACCAGUGGAAUGAAUUUGAAGCCAGACUUUUGUUUGGAGUGAACAACGGGGAAAGUAUUUGUGAAACGCUUUGAAAGUCAUUACUUUCGCAAUUCCAUUUGGCAACUAGUGGUACAAAAGUGACAUUGCUGCUUUAUAGCUCAAAUUACCAGCAAAACAUCUUGUACAAAUCAUUAGAUCUGUUGAAUCUAUCUGCAGAACUUCUUUCUGACAUCAUUCGAAUGCAAGAGAUUUUGACUUUGACAAUUAAUUGGACUAUAUUGAGAACACAGCUAAACAUUUGUCAAGGACUCAAGGCCACGUGUGACAUGAUUGUAACAUCAGCUCACGUAUGAAGUCAUUGAAUUGCAGACUCAAAGCCCCUUGAGAGUCAGUGUAACUAAUGGAAUUAUUCUCCAAGCCUUAGGAUAAACAAACAUUAAAGAGCAGUGAUAGAAAGAGCAGGAAAGAGAGUGGAAUACAGAUUAGCCUCCUACUGGGAAAAGCUUGCUGCUUAAAAUAAGGCGCAAGAGUCUUGUCACCACUCCACGAACGUCAUGACAAGAAAAUGUAUGUAACUAACUAUCUGAUAUUUGCAUGAGGUACUCAACAUUGUCAAGACAUCAUAAAUGUAGAGUGAUUAGGCUCUUCAAAUUCUGUGGUCCAAAGAUGGCAAAUAUCUGUUCAUGCAGAGAGUGAUUCUGUAUAGCUUACUGAUUGGAUAAAAACUGUGGCCCAUCCCAGUCUUUUUUCAUGUUAAAAAACUGAUAUCAGUUAGGGAGUAGGGACAAGUGUGUAUUUCCAUUAAGAAUGUUUACAACGCCUUCAAAUUAUUUCAUCAUAGAAAAUCGUGAUAAUGCAUGCUAAACUGAAACAUUUGGCUAGUUUGUGGGUCAGUCAGUUCAGCAAUUCAAAGAGUCGUAAACGACCACAGGGCUGUUGCUCAACAAAAGGUGUUUGCCCUGAAGGCCUUUUUUAGGACGGGCAAUAGUCAGAUAAUGGCUGCACUGUUGACUCACCUGCAUCUAUUGUGAGUCAGCUUUAUAAAGGCCAGUGAGGAGCUCUGUACAGCCUUUCAACCUGUCACUCUCCUUGAGUGUGUGUAUGUGUGUGUGAGAUCACUCCUGCAGAGGUAAACUAAUCCUGCCCUAAAGAAAGCCUUGCACCCAGAGUAAAGAGCAGAGGGGACAGCUGGACAGGGUUAGCGAGUGUCUCGCCAUGCCAUGACUGCCAAAAAUAAAAUGAUUUGUUUCUAGAGGUUGUUAGCUAGCUUGCUCCUUCAAGGCUGUUAAUAGACGUGCAGUUGAACAGAAGGAUAUUUUGUUGGCUAAAAAGGCAGGUGAAAAAUUGUCUUCUUUUUAAAUUCUCCCUCUAACUUUCCAAAGCAGCUCAGGGGGACAAAGAUAAAAGGAUUCUGGGAAUCGCAUGGUAAUUGUGGGGCGACACGGGGCAGGGCAUGGGAGGGGACAGUCCAAUGUAGCUGGAGGUAUUUCUCAGCUGAUCUGUACUCUCCGGGAAACAGGUCACGGUUACAACCUCUGACCUCUUGAGGGUGGACACCCAACCUGUCAAUAAAAGGGGCAACUACACACCCAUGGGUCCUAAGCAUAUUAGUUUUAAAUAAAUAAACAAAACGCAAUGGAAAAAAAAAACUGAGCACCAAGAGGGCAGCCAUACACUUUAAAUGUAGCUAAGCAACAAAACAGUGGGUGCUCAUGGGAGAACGUGUCGCACAGGAGAACGGUUUGGUGUAAUCUUUAAAUGUGAGCCACUUCUCAUUUGACUACAUUGUGAUCAGUGUAAUGAGUGUAACCGUAUAAUUGCUCUGUAUGACUCAGUUAUAUUAAGCCUAGGGACACACCUGAGGUUAGUGUGACAGCUCAUAUGUCAGUAAGGGUACUUCAUGAUACUGUGAAGUCAACACAUGUUUGGGGCACAGAGAGUGUCUUAAAGGUGGAUUAGUUUUAAGCUGAAUUACUGGACUCCUUGCUGUGCAUGGGCAUACACUUGGGUCCAUGAGGAAAACUUUGGCCUGAGGAUCACGGUAGGUAUCCAUCUGUAUCGUGAGAAUGACGUGCUACUAUAUAAGUGACCAUUUUACAGACACCAUGCCCCCAUAAUCACACUGUGCCAUCAAGCUAGAGACCAUCAGCCUUUAUGAUUUCAUAGUAACGACAGCACAGAUGGUCACAGAUGGCAGGGUGGCAUGGAAAGACGCAGACACUACCAACUUUCAGAUAAUUUUUUGUUUUGGACAUCACACACUGUACAUAUGUGCACAUAUUCUCUUGGUUUCCUUUUGUAGUUUUGAGUUUUUUUGUAAAGGAAAUUAAUUUUGAAUGUCAGACAAUUUGAAGAUUGUUAGUAACCAGUAUUGUUUUUAGUGGUGCUUGUUACGUCCCCAGACUGUGCUGUGGAUAUCAGUGAAACCUUCAAUUGUGUGGCUUAUAUUUUUUCUGGCAAGCAGGUGAACAUCCCAGAGACUUGGCGCCAUAUUUACUAAACAGAGAAAAUUAGCGUUAGAGCCCAAUUCCAUAAAAUGCGAUAGAGGCUAUUUAUAUCUAAGUGAAAAUAGCUAUAGAUUGCUAUAGAUUUAGAUGGCUAAAUAACUUUUUGAUUAUUUCCUUCAUUUUUAUUAAAAAUAAAUGCUUUUCUGAUGUGAUUUGGAAUUUGAAAAAGGCAGAUUCGAACCCGGGCUGAUCACAUCAAAAGGAGUAUGACACACGCUUUACCACCUACACCACUGAAUCUGAUGAUCGUUGUCCAUCUUUUGUAAUGCUGACUAGCCCAGUCACACGUUGGUGGAUGGAGUUAGUGUAAAUAGCUCCUGCCAACAAGGCGGGCUAUUUGCACUUAGUGUAAAUAGAUACUCAGAUUUUGUCUUUUUUUUAUUCCCAACAGUUAAACAGUUGCCCACAGAAAAAACAGGUGGUGCUGCAGCACCCUCAGCACCCCUACUUCCCGCGCCUAUGAUCACAGCAUUUUUGUUUCCAGGCAGAACGUUAAAGAACACAACACACCCGUCUGCCCUUUCUUUUUUCUUCUGAAUGUUCUGUAUAGUAUUGUCGUUUAAAGAGACAGUUGGUGCACUUCUGUGAACUUUACAAAAAAACAUGUCUUAUAUGAGCAGCCCUCCAGCAUUUAGUGGUGUAACUUGAGAAGCAGAGAGCAGCUCGGGUGGCAUGCAUGAAAACUAUCCAUUCCUCUCAUGGGAUUUCUGUAGAUCAAUAAAUUUGCUCUGGUGAAUAAAGUGUCCAUGGUGUAAGUGAUUAGUUUUCCACCACAAAAUGGCCACCAGGCUGGGUAGACCACCUGAUUAUAGGUUUAUGUCCGUUUAGUGUGAAGGAGCACCACAGACAACUGGCCCUGGGGAGCUCUCAUAAUUUCUGUAAAUCACAUUUCUCCCAAACAUUUAAUGUUUCUUUUGGUUGGCAUGUCAGAGAAAGUCAAGAGGGCGCUAAAGCUCUGCUUAUUUUUAUUUUAGCUCAAAGCUGCUCCAUGACCAAUCUGUAUAUAGGCCCAGAUGUAUUAAAACCCUGCCAUGCAUUAAUAAGACUCUGUCUGUCUGGCAGAUCUGCUGUCUAUUUGGUGUAGCCUGAAAAUAAUCAAAAGAAAAUAAUCUAAGACGCUGAUUUGAGGGGCUAUAAAACCCUCAACCAUAUUAUUUGAAACUGAUCCAGUGUUUGUUUUAUGGGGCAGUGAGAAGAAUAUUAGAUUAUACAUUUAGCAAAGCUGUUUGGGUUUCACUUUUGUCUCUGACUGCAACACCAUUUUUAAUUGUAUCUGGUUGUUCAUAUAAGCUAGUGUGAACCUCUUCCUGUGGCAAUGUGAGAUAACGUGAGAAAGUCUGAUUGAGCAUAAAAACUUGCAGAUUUGUAUAAAAUGAUAACGAAUAAGAUUAUAAACAGAAACUGAAAAGUGUCAUGGAAAGCACUGACUGCUUCUAGCCAAGGGUCAUAAUGAUAAGGAAUGACCGGCAGCAGUGACUUAAGACUGAUAUGGUGAUCAGUGUCUGGAGAUUGAGAUAAAGUAGUGGAGUGCAAUAACUUUUAACUAUUUUCAUGGCUCUUUUUUAUGAUUUUCCUUGUAACAGUCAUUAGGUUUUAUGUUUCGGUGUUACACAAAAUUCUAAAUCUAAUUCUAAAAUUCUGUCAUGAGUAUCAAGAUGAUAAAAGAAUUUAAAGUUUGGGUUAAACAAUUCCUUUAAGAACACUUCUACUGUCACGUGGCCACGCUGACAUAUGGGACCAUAACCUGUCCCUUUGACCAUUACAAAAUUGGUAUUGACUUCGUGAUAGGUUGCACAUACUAGUAUUUGUAUGGUAUAGUUCUUUUCCCAUGCUAACCUAAAUAACCAUUUUUUUUUUCUGCAGAAGCUUUGCUAUCAUUUUUAAGUAAACAGACUACGUUUCUCUUGAUUGAAUGAAUGCUGAUGGAUAGACUGUUAACCCUGGUGUUUACCUUGUGUGACACAGAGUAGGUUUCUUCAUGCACUGUGAAAAUAUAUUUGUUGAGUUGAGUAGUAGAAGAUCAAACCCAGAAAAGGGUGGUCCAUACAGUGGAUCAAUUACAUAGAGACAGUACUCAUUACUUUUGGAAGGAGGAGUCAAGUUGAGCGUCUUUCUCCUUCUCGCACACACACACACACACACACACACACACAUUUUCGUUUUCAACCCCAUCAAUUAUUAAGCAGUGUAAUUUUACUUUGUCACACAUCUACUCUGUACUCAUGCCCUGGCCUUUUGGGCUUGGCUAACAGAAGGCUUCGGUGAUCAUAUGUGAGGAAACAAGUCUCAAGCUCCUCAGAAAGCCAAUGGGUCCAAACUGCAUCAGCUUCUGUAUAUGUGUCUUUUUUGUUUUCUCUUCAGUGAGACAUUUUAACCAACAGAAUUGAAGAAUGAACAGGAAACCAGUUGGAAUUUUAGCCUGCUGGAGACGGUCGAUGUCCAUCAGUGAAGAAUGUGACGAGCUGUGUUUAAAGCCUUCACUGAUGAUGCUUCAUCUAAGGCACAUAUUUUAAGUGCAUUUUGGGAGGGCACAUGUGAUGCUGCCUUAGAAUCCGGUGAAAACAAGGUAUCUGAGGUGGCUGGAUAAUUGACUUGCUUCAGUUUUGGACCAGCCUUCGUGUCAGGAACACAGCUACUGUUUGAUGACAGCAAAUGCUGGCUAAGAUGGCAUCUCAAAGGUUUUGGCUUUCACUGCAUCCAUGUGCCUCAGUGAGCAUGUUGCCAAGCGGAGAAAGCUCAGUCUGGAAUCAUCACACAUUCCUAGAGCACCGUUCUGAUGUCUGGAUGCUCCAGCAGUUCUAAAUGCAAAGCAGCUAAAUAUAGACCAAGGCUUGCAUGUUGCAUCCUCCCCUAAGCUGAUGGCGUAAGUACAACAAGACAUCAUUGUACAAAGAAUGGACUACCAUUUUAUCUGUCUAUUAUCAUAGCCGUAGUCUGCGCCUUAGACAGCCCUCCCACAAUCUGUUUGCUAAUCAUCUGAUGCACAUUGCUUACAAGAAUAGGAAGUACUUUCUCAAUCUUGAGAGCUCUAAUCUAACUGACUGGCUUUACACAACUUCCCAGAGUAAGGGGUCACAGCAUUUUUUUAAUCAGUCGACCAGACUGAUAACAAAGUUAUGUUUACAAGGUACUGGACUGACACCUGGAGUGCUUUUAAUGAUGAAAUAAUCACUGGGUUUGCCAAACGUUUGCCAGGUUAGUGGCUUAAAAUAUUUGAACAAUUUUGAUUUCAUUUUAUUUUAGUAUUUUUUUUGUCUUAUGGGAGCAGUUAGUAAAAAGUUAUUAUGUAGAUAUCUAUGAACUAUAAACUAUCUUUUUUUUUUUUUUUUUUUUUUUUUACUUUUACUUCUGCAUGAGUCAAUACACAUUUUCCCACAAUUUUCUGGUGUUUUGUAUACAACCAUUUAUGGACUGUUGCACCUUCAUCCACCCAUCCAUCCAUUCAUUCAUUCAUUUUU